AUGGCACCCUUGCGCAUCCAAUUCACCAACCAUGAAAAGGACAUCAUACGCUGCCUCGCCAUAGGAUCCGCAUCCCUCUCCGUCCUCGCAGGCCUCCUCAUGACCUACUGGUUCAUACAGCUCCGCAACAAGACCUUCCGCCACCAGCUCGUCAUGCUCCUCAUCAUCUCAGACCUCCUCAAAGCAAUCGUCGAACUCAUCUAUCCCGCCAUCGUCUUGCACGCAGGCGAAACCUCACAGGCAGUCUGCACAGCGUUCGGCUUUCUCAAUGCAACCUUCAUCGAAUCAACAGACUUUGCCAUCUUGGUCAUUGCCAUCCACACGGCACUCUGCAUCUUUGCGCCCGGUCGAGGCAAGUUGAGUUCAGGCGAAGGCCUCUAUCGCUGGCGUCACUCGCUCUUUGUGCUAUGGGGAGUUUGGGGCCUACUCAUGGCAUCCCUUGCCUUUUUGAACCCAGAUGGCGCGUACAAGUCCAGUACAUCCUGGUGUUACCUCCCCAUUCGUCCAUUUUACUGGCGCAUCGCCCUCAGUUGGGCCCCGAGAUAUGUCAUCUUGCUCUUCCUCCUCUGUCUCUACAUCUCCAUCUACAUCUACGUCAAGCGCAAGUUCAAAUCCUUCUCAGACCUCUUCAAUGAAGAAGAAGGCGGUCUCUCAAGCCAAGAACUCUCACAAGUCUCAUCGGAUUAUUAUGAGCAAGCGCCUUCACAAAUGCAAGGGAAACCCGUCGUUGCUGAACUCAAAACACAUCAAUUCCUGGAGCAAGACGCAGAAUGCUCACCCACCUCCUCCAUCACGCCUUCUUCAGCAACGGCCUUUGAGCAUCGUCGUGAUAGUCUACCCUUCCCACCUUCGACAUUACCGAAAAUGUCAGAGAACGGAUCAGAGAUGCCUGUGGACUUGCCACCACGCAGGCAAUCCGUCAUUUCCAUCUCCCUCCCACCACAACUCGAAUCACGCAGACCCUCCGUCCUGAGUUUGCAUGGUGAUAAACCACGUAAAUUUAGAAGUGGUGUACAAGGCCUCGGUCAUCCCAUCACACCAAGUGGUGCAACAUUGGAAAAAAUACCCACUGCGACAGGUGAUAGUUUCUCACAAAGCCGUUAUGGAUCCGGUCGUAGUGCAUCUCUUGGCACACACCACACAACCGGUGAAGUAUCUGUUCAAGAAGCCGCUCAAGUGCCUAUGAACAGACAACGUGCCGUUGUUGUGAAACAACUCAAACAUCUCUUCAUCUACCCAGUCGUCUACUUCCUCAUGUGGCUCAUUCCAUUUUGUUACCACAUGACGCAGUAUUCUGAUAAAUACGUGCAAGGACCCGUCAUGGCACUUGCGAGUAUUUCGGCAUUUGUUAUACCGCUGCAUGGUUUCAUUGACGUGUGUGUGUAUGCACGGACGGAAAAACCAUGGAGAUCGCUACGCUUCAUGUCACGAGAACGUUGGCGCACUCAACGUGCUGUACAGCGACAAUGUAUGCAGCAACAGCAAAACGCUGUAGAUCAAGAAGAGGCAUGGGGGAAGCAACAGCCUGCGAGAUGGUGGCAGAUGCGUGCUUGGCGACCGUCAAGGAUUCCUUCGGUGGAUGAUGAGAAGCGCAUGAGUGUACCGUCAUCAGCGGAAACACAAGGGACAACACCCACGACUGCAGAGAGUACAAUUCAUCCUGCAGAGCCAUCCUCUGGCUCUCAUCACGCUGCUCCUGGUGCUGCGAAAAAGACGAAAAAGGCAGACUGGUGGGAUCUCGAGGAAGAACAAAUAUCACUUGAACUGCAACAUGCGCGGUAUCAAGCUGGCUUGGAGGGAUUAGGAAGCGAUCAUGAGCAUGCGGGACUGGGUACGACCUUACCAGGCAUUACCGUCAGACGGCGGGACCCGUUGAAUCAUCUGUAA